UUCAACCGAAAACUACCAGCUUCAAAAACCUCUCUUAUCAGUUAUCCCUCAAACGAUGAGGAAAAGAGACUGCAAAGCUUUAACUUGUAGAAGCUGAACCAGGAGAUCAAGAAAAUGUCCUUCGCCGCCGCCAGAUUAUCAGAAUUUCCGCUACGUCACUACUCAUUCUCACUCUUUUCCUCCUCCACCACCACCACCACCACCACCCGAAAACCGUAUUUUCACCACUUCCUCCAGAAGCCUAAACUCAUUUGCAUUUGCUCUCUUACGACCAACAAAAAUCCUCACCGUAAUUCUCGCUCGGCCUCCGCUCCCUGGCUAGCAACGGGAUGUCGAACCGAAUUCAAAUGCCACGACAGAAAGCCCUCCACUGCUGCAGCCGCAAGUACUGCGGAGAAGAACAGCAAGAGCCAAAAUGCGAUCGAGAGAAUAGUGUUCCGGUUGCGAAACCUAGGGCUAGGAUCAGACGACGAAGAAGGAGAUGAAGGGAAAGGGGGAUUGGAGGGUGCCGGUGGAGAUUUUACUGGUGAAGAGCAAUUGGGAGAUUUGUUGAGGCGGGACUGGGUCCGGCCGGAUUUUUUCCUGGAAGAGAAGAAGAGGGAUGAGGAGUUGGGGUUCUUGCCGUGGGAGAGAAAAGAGAGUGACAGGGAAACUGUAAGGGAGGAGGAGCGAUGCAGCGGUGUGAGGCGGAGGGCAGUGAAGGCGCCGACUUUGGCGGAACUUACUCUCGAGGAUGAGGAGCUGAGGCGGCUGAGGCGGGUGGGGAUGUUCAUCAGGGAAAGGAUCAAUAUCCCCAAAGCCGGGCUAGCACAACACAUUUUGCAGAAAAUUCACGAUAAGUGGAGGAAGGAGGAGGUCGUGAGGCUUAAAUUCCAUGAGGUUCUCGCUAUCAACAUGAAACUCGCCCAUGAACUUGUUGAGCGUCGAACAGGAGGCUUGGUUAUAUGGAAGUCUGGAAGUGUGAUGAUGGUUUACCGUGGCAGUAAUUAUGAAGGGCCAUACUCAAAAUCCAAGCCUCGAGAGGCUAAUAAAGAAGAAGAUAUGCUCUUUGUGCCAGAUGUUUCUUCAAUUGGUUGCGCAAAGAGGGCAUAUGAGGAUGAGGAAACUUCGACUCCUGAAAAGACUGAGCCAGUUGCGGAUAAUGCAGAUAGGGUUAAGAUCGUGACUGAAGAGGAAGCUGAGUAUAAUAGUUUACUUGAUAGUUUAGGUCCUCGUUUCAAUGACUGGUGGGGUACUGGAGCAAUUCCGAUUGAUGCUGAUUUACUUCCACAAAAUGUUCCUGGUUACAAGACACCUUUGAGGCUUGUGCCUGCUGGAAUGAGAUCACAGCUGACAAACGCAGAGAUGACUAAUUUUCGGAAACUUGCUAAAUCACUUCCUUGUCACUUUGCCCUCGGGAGAAAUAGAAACCACCAGGGACUGGCCGCUGCUAUACUUAAGCUUUGGGAGAAAAGUUCUAUUGUAAAGAUAGCAGUGAAACGUGGUAUCCAGAAUACAAAUAAUAAAAUAAUGGCUGAGGAACUGAAGAACUUAACUGGAGGUAUUUUACUACUUAGAAACAAGUAUUUCAUUGUCAUGCACCGUGGAAAGGAUUUCCUCCCAACGAAUGUCGCAGCUGUUUUGUCAGAAAGAGAGCAAUUGACUAAACAGAUUCAGGAUGUUGAGGAAAAAGUGCGGAGGAGAGUGGAGGCAGCUGCUCCAGUUGCAAGAGAGGCGUCGACAAAACAGAUUCAUGAUGUUGAGGAAGAAGAGCAAAAUAGAGGAUUUGAAACUGCUUCUACUCAUGAAAAUGUAGGAAACGCUCCUGCAGGUACUUUGGCUGAGUUUUAUGAGGCUCAGACGCGAUGGGGAAGAGAUGUAUCUGUUGAAGAACGUGAGAAGAUGUUUGAAGAAGCUUCUAAAGCUAAGACUGCUGGAAUUGUGAAACGAAUUGAACAUAAAUUGGCAGUCGCCCAAGCCAAAAAGCUUAGAGCAGUGAGGCUAUUAGCUAAAAUAGAAGCUUCUAUGAUUCCUGCUGGUCCUGACUAUGACCAAGAAACAAUCACUGAUGAGGAACGGGUUAUGUUUCGCAAGGUUGGUUUAAGAAUGAGUCCGUACUUGCCUCUUGGAAUUCGUGGUGUUUUUGAUGGUGUCAUUGAGAAUAUGCAUUUGCACUGGAAGCAUAGAGAGCUUGUGAAGCUAAUAACAGGACAGAAGAACCUCGCCUUUGUAGAGGAUACAGCAAGGUUGUUGGAAUACGAGAGUGGAGGGAUACUAGUGACAAUAGAAAGAGUCCCCAAAGGAUAUGCUAUUAUUUAUUAUCGUGGGAAGAAUUAUCGGCGGCCUAUUAGUAUAAGGCCAAGAAACCUUCUAACGAAGGCAAAGGCAUUAAAACGUUCAGUGGCCAUGCAACAACAUGAGGCUUUGAGUCAGCAUAUAUUGGAUUUGGAGAAAACAAUAGAGCAGACAAAAAAAGAGAUAGGAACUUCUCGAGAUUCGGACGAUGAAAAUAACAUGAACUCAGAGGAUAACCAUCGGUUGACUGAUCUAUCUGAUACAGCCCAUAGCGAAGUUGAAGCUCCAUGGAUGGGGAAUGAAGAUCAAGAUGGCGAUGAUGAUGAUGAUGAAGAUGACCUUCAUUGGGACGCUGAUGAAGAUAUUGAAUUUGCAAAUUUGGAACACCGUGAACUUCGCUCCAUGGAUGGGGAAUGAAGAUCAAGAUGGCGAUGAUGAUGAAGAUGACCUUCAUUGGGACACUAAUGAAGAUAUUGAAUUUGCAAAUUUGGAACACCGUGAUUUUGUAUCGAGCAGAAACAGAUAAUGAUUUUCAUUGCAGUUUUUGCUCGACUGGAAGGCAGUUGUCAUGUUCAUAUCCAACAAAGGAUAAUCGUAUUUCAAGUACAUGGAUGAAUGGAGCUCUCCAUCAUUUUCUGGUUUCCAAUCAAGUGAAAAUAAUUGCAUUGGAUUUUCAGACAUCCCCAUCAGUUUGUAAUGUUGCGGCCACACCCUGUAUAAUGCAAAAUCGGCCAUUUUGUGUUGCCUGUUUAUGUAAUUUUGUCUCCCUUUGUAUCGACUAGACCUGGUCUGAAGAGCGAAGAGUACACUGCAUAUAUCAAGUUAUGCCCUUGUGGAUUUUAAGGAAAGCAACGAGCACUUCCUUUGUAAAGAGACUCAGAAUGAUUGAAACAUUA